GUUAUCUCAAAUUACCAAACUUUAAUUGCAGCAUGUUUGCUCACUAAAGCAGCUGAGGCUUUAGACCUUGUUGCAUACUGGGGCCAAAACUCUGGCGGUGACCAGGGCCCUUUGAGAGAUUACUGUGCUAGCAGCACUGCUGAUGUCAUCGUUGUGUCAUUCAUAAACUCAAUUAACCCAGUUGACAUUAAUUUAUCUAACCAAUGCGGUGGAACUUUCGCCGAUGGCACUUUACACUGUUCAGCUGUUGGUGAAGACAUUACUUACUGUCAACAACAAGGUAAAAAGGUUCUUUUGAGUAUCGGAGGUUAUGGUGCAGAAGGUUUCACCUCAGAUUCCGAAGCUACCACUUUCGCAACCAAUAUCUGGAACAAAUUUGGUGGUGGUUCCUCCGAUGAGAGACCAUUUGACACCGCUGUUGUUGAUGGUUUCGACUUAGAUUUAGAAGCAGUAGGCACAACUGGUACCGUUGCUUUCGGUAACGCUAUCAAGGCAUUGUAUUCUGAAGAUACCACCAAGUCUUACUACUUAUCCGCAGCUCCUCAAUGUCCAUACCCUGAUGCUACCUUAAGUGAUUACUUGACUCAAGUUCCAAUUGAUUACACUUUUGUUCAAUUCUACAACAACCCUUCAUGUCAAUUAGAUGGUGACUUCAACUUCAAUACUUGGUCCCGAUAUGUAAACUCGUCUUCCCCAAACACGAACAACAAGAUUUUCGUUGGUUUACCAGGUAGUUCUUCCAGUGGUUCUGGAUUUGUCUCCGCUUCUGUUGUUGAGUCUCAACUUGAACAAAUUAAAUGUGAUCCAAACUUAGGGGGUGUAUCUCUUUGGGAUGCCUCUUCAAGUUUUUCCAACGGUUACGCCUCAAGCAUCAGAUCAGUCUUAGACUCUCUUGAUGUUGAUGCUUGUCACGCUUCCACCUCCACUGCUUCCUCAGCUGCUGCUUCCGCUUCUACUUCCGCCGCUGUCGUCUCGACUAGCGCUCCAUAUAGUAACACUACUACCGAAGCUCCAAUUGCAACAAAGACUGACAUUCACACUACCGUUAUCACCAUCACCUCUUGUUCUGAUAAGAAAUGUACCAAGGUUCCAGUUACCACUGGUUUGACUACCGUCACUGACCACGAAUUAAACACGAUUUAUACCACCUACUGCCCAUUGUCUGACGAUUCUACUUCCACCGUAAGUCACUUAUCAACCACACUCGUCACUGUGACUGAAUGUGCUGAUAACAAGUGCCAAGAAAAGGAAGUCGUCACUGGCUUAACCACAGUCACUGACCAUGUCUUAAACACUGUUUACACAACCUACUGUCCAAUUGAAGCUGAAGAAACAUCUGUUCCUGUUGUCACUACAACUCCAGCUCCAGUAAAGCCAAUUUCUUCUUCUCCAACAGUUGCACCAUACGGAAAUGACACUACAGUUACUGUAACUUUACACAAAGUAGCUGUAAACACUGGAUACACCACUUACUGUCCAGAAGAAGCUUCUGCUGCUCCUACCAAAGCUGCUGUUACCAAGGUGGCUGUAGUCUCCAACUCUGUUGCUCCAGUUCCAACUGUAGCACCAACUGACUCAACUUCUCUCACUACUUUGACCCUUCAGACCACUAUUACUAGAUCAUCCUCACACUCGAGCUCCGUUGCCGCUAACUCAACUGUUCCAGCUGUCCCUACUUUAUUAGCAGGAAUGGCAAGCUCCACCAAGGGCUCAAUUGCUUUAGUUGUUCUCUCGAUUAUUGCAUCUAUGUUU